CCUAACGUGUGUGAGACGGGGAAAGAGAUACAGAUCGAGAGGGAGUGCGACCGAAUCGUAUUGAACAUGACCCGAGCAGGCACGAUGUCGAGAAACUCAAGUUCCUGGCGGACCGGCAGACUGGAGGCCCUGCUGGUACUGAGCCUGUUCCUGCUCCUCGUCCUGCAGCCGGAUCCUUGCCUCGGUUCGCCGUCCCACCGGAGCAGGCAUCACGAGCACGAGCUGCACACCGCGCAGGAGACGUCGCACGAGGACGCCAGGAGUUCCAGGUCGAGCGAGGAGCUCCCACGGCCGGCCGCUCUCGUCGGCCACUCCGACGAUCCGCUGGUGGUGCGCACCAGAAAAGGCAUGGUCCGCGGCAAAACCAUGGUCGCGAAAACCGGCAAGAGCGUCGACGCCUGGUUUGGUAUACCCUACGCCCAAAAACCCAUCGGCCCGCUGAGGUUUCGCCAUCCGCGACCGGUCGAGCGUUGGUCGGGCGUGCUGAACGCGACCACCCUGCCGAACAGCUGUGUGCAGAUCCUGGACACGGUGUUCGGCGACUUCCCCGGCGCCACCAUGUGGAACCCGAAUACUCCGCUGAGCGAGGACUGCCUGUACGUGAAUGUGGUGGUGCCGCAGCCCAGGCCUAAAAACGCUGCUGUCAUGGUAUGGAUAUUCGGUGGUGGCUUUUAUUCCGGCUCGGCCACCCUCGAUGUAUACGAUCACAAGACUCUGGUAUCGGAAGAGAACGUAAUCGUGGUGUCAAUGCAAUAUCGCGUGGCUAGUCUCGGCUUCCUGUACUUUGGCACGUCCGACGUGCCCGGUAAUGCUGGGCUCUUCGACCAGAUGAUGGCCCUGCAAUGGGUGCGCGACAACAUCGCCGCGUUCGGCGGCAAUCCCGAGAACGUGACGCUCUUCGGCGAGAGCGCGGGCGCGGUCUCCGUCUCCUUGCACCUCUUGUCUCCGCUGUCCAGGCACUUGUUCAACCAAGCCAUCAUGCAAUCAGGCUCAGCGACCGCGCCAUGGGCGAUAAUCUCGCGCGACGAAUCGUUUGUGCGUGGCAUCCGGCUGGCCGAGGCGGUCGGUUGUCCACAUGAACGCCACAAUCUGCGCGAGGCGAUCGACUGCUUGUUGACGAAGGACGCGGAGGAGCUAGUAAAGAACGAGUGGGGCACCCUUGGGAUCUGCGAAUUCCCGUUCGUCCCGGUGAUCGACGGCGCAUUCCUCGACGAGACGCCUCAACGCUCGCUCGCCACGACGUCCUUCAAGAAGACCAACAUCCUGAUGGGCUCCAACACUGAGGAGGGCUUCUACUUUAUCAUCUACUAUCUGACGGAACUGUUUCGCAUCGAUGGCGCUGAGGACGUGAAGGUGACGCGCGAUCAGUUCAUCAGCGCCGUGUCCGAACUGAAUCCCUAUGUGAAUCAAAUUGGCCGUCACGCCAUCAUCUACGAGUACAGCGACUGGCUACAUCCGGAGGAUCCGCACGCGAAUCGCGACGCCCUUGAUAAAAUCGUCGGCGACUACCAGUUCACUUGCAACGUCAACGAAUUCGCCGGCAGAUACGCCGACACCGGCCACACUGUCUAUAUGUACUAUUACAAGCACAGAUCUAGGAACAAUCCAUGGCCGCGAUGGACCGGAGUCAUGCACGCCGACGAGAUAAGCUACAUCUUCGGGGAACCGCUGGACACGUCCAAGGGCUACACGCACGAAGAGAUGCAGCUCUCGAAAAGAAUGAUGAGAUACUGGGCGAACUUCGCAAAAACGGGGGAUCCGAACAUCGACGAGAGCGGCGAGCUGUCCCUGGCUUACUGGCCGUCGCAUACCGCCGUCAAUAAAGAGUACCUGACCUUGGACAUCAACAGCACGGAGAUCGGCAGCGGUCCCAGGGUGAGGCAGUGCACUUUCUGGAAGAAGUAUCUGCCGCAGCUGCUCGGCGCCACGUCGAAACUGGAGGUCGGGUCCAAGGAGACGUGCGGCAGCACGAGCCUCGCCGACUCCGGCGCGACCCGGAUACUCCUGAUCUUGAGCCUGUUAUUGACCGGCCUCACUACUCUGCCUCACAUCCAGCACGACGUCAGAGGUAUCGUUUAGCUCCCGGCUGCCGCCGC